AUGAAAUAUUUCUCCUUGGUCACCCUCUCGUUCGCCGUGCUCCUCUCGGUGGCUACAGCAACCUAUAGUAGCGAUGGCGGCCAGGUCGUCACGAACGUCCAAACCUGUUACUGGAGCGGGUCUGCACCAUUCUGUGCUGGAGGCUGCGGGUUUGGCUCCAAGGAAUGUGCGACGAGCCCUUGUGGUGACGGGGCAUGUUGUGUGACUGGGUACAAGAAAUAUUGUUGCGAGGGCGACAGGUGCUAA